AACAAUUGUUGGUAUCUCCUUUAGGAUGAACCACCAUAUAAUGCACUAUUGACUGAAGGAACAUGUCUGCAUUCCUUCCCAGUGUCACUUAAAGGUAUGGGAAGUAGAUUCUAGGGUUCAAUCUCAGUGGUAGAAUACUUGCCUUGCACUUCUGAGGUCCUAUGAUCAGUACUCAGUAAUACAAAGUUAAACAUAUUGGGUUCAUGUUUAUAUUUGACCUUUACCUUCAUUCUGAGACCCUUCCCUUUACCUUCCAUUAAUCAUCUGUUUAUCCACAGGCAGGGGAAACUGCAAGUACUGGAUCUAUGUCAGAAAACUAUAUGGUCUGGUAGCAGGGAUGGCAUGUGCUCACUGUCCCAGGCCAUCCUGCCAUUGAUGAAGGUAAAGGUGGAUGGAUCCAGUAUGGGAGCAAAAGAGCCCAGGGCUCCUCUGAAGGUGUUCAUAGAUCUCUACCUCAGUAUUGGCAGCCACGAUGAAUGGCUCACUUCUCUGAUUGAAAAGGCCAAGCAGUGGAAAGGUUUACUACACUUAUACUGUAACAAGCUGAGUAUUUUUGCACUGUCCGUACAAAAUAUGAAGGUAUUGAAAAUGGUGAGGCUGUAUUCUGUCCAGGAUUUGGAACUGGUCUGUAACUGGAAAUUAUCAGUCCUGGGGAAGCUCCUUUCUCUUCUACCAUACAUGGGUAAAUUGCACAGACUCUUCCUGUCUCAGACACAGAUGUCCCAGUGUAGUUCUUGGGAGGAGGAGGAGCAGUUUGUGGAGACGUUCAGCUCUCAGUUGCUCAGUCUACAUCACCUCCAGGAGCUUCAUUUGGAAUCCAUCAGCUCUCUUGAAGGCUCCUUGUGCAGUUUGCUCAGGUGCCUGAGGAGCCCCUUGAAGAUCCUCUCUCUCACCAAUUGUCUGCUUCUAGAAUCAGACUUGAUGAAUUUGUCUAAGUGCCCCAAUACAAGACAGCUAAGGGACUGUGUCUAA